AUGAAGCUCUUCUCCUGUCCUUGCUCCCAUUCAGAGCUGCAGUGUGCAGACAUGGACCAGGGAGUCUGGGGGAGGCGAGGAGAGGGCAAGGUUGAUUUGGGUCCACCCAAGAUCCUGCCUCUUAAGAUUCAGGCGCGGGCCCUAACGGCAGAGACCCAGACAACGUUUCAUUGUGGUCAACAAAAAUGGUUCUGGGGCUUGGACCUGAAUGGGGUGACCAGGCUUCGGAGAGGGUGGGGUCCCCAGAGCUCGAUAAGUCUGCCUGCUGCUGAUUCACCCCCUUGCUCAGGCCAGGACUUGGCAGGUGAAGAGAGCAGAGUCUUGCAUGACGAGGGCACCAUAGUGUCUGGGCAUCCCAGAACUUGUGCCCCAGAACUGGUGUUACAGGCAGUUCAGCACCAAUGCCCCCAAGGAGCAAGGAGUGACCUUCUGGACCCAGGUCAGCCCAAGCUGAGCUGUGCAUCAUCAAUGGACGAACUUGGAGGGAGUGAUUUAGGAACUGAUCUGAAUUUUGAACCUGUUGUCCCAGAACUGACGGUGCCUAGCUUAUCCUCUCUUGGAGCUGUUUUUAUUCUGCUGAAAUCAGCUCUGGGAGCUGGACUUCUAAAUUUUCCCUGGGCUUUCAGUCAAGCAGGUGGCAUCACCUCUACCUUAAUCAUGGAGCUGGUGUCUUUAGUCUUCCUCAUCAGUGGUUUGAUCAUCCUGGGCUAUGCUGCCUCUGUCAGUGGUCAGUCCACCUACCAGGGUGUGGUCAGAGUGCUCUGUGGACCGGCCAUCGGGAAGCUCUGCGAAAUCUGCUUCAUCAUAGAUAUGUUCAUGAUUUCUGUGGCCUUUCUGAAGGUUGUGGGGGAUCAGAUGGAAAAAUUGUGUGAUUUCUUCUUGACAAAUGAAACCUUCAGUGGGAGUGUCUCAGCUGUCCCUCGGCCCUGGUACGUGGAUCAACGCUUCACCCUGUCCAUCCUCUGCGUCUUCAUCAUUUUCCCUCUGUCUGCUCCUCGGGAAAUCAGCUUCCAGAAAUAUACAAGCAUCCUAGGUACACUGGCUGCUUGCUAUCUGAGCCUGGUCAUCGUGGUGAAGUAUUACCUGAAGCCUGACAACCUUGUUCCUGAAACCCAUCAGUCACUGAGACCUUCCUCCUGGUUUGCUGUAUUUAAUGUAUUCCCCACCAUCUGCUUUGGAUUUCAGUGCCAUGAAGCCAGUGUAUCUAUCUACUGUAGCAUGUACAACCAAAACCUCUUCCAUUGGACCAUGGUAUCAGUGGCUGCCAUGCUAGCCUGCUGCCUCAUCUACUCCCUGACAGGGCUCUAUGGUUUCCUGACUUUCGGAGAUAACGUCUCUGCUGACGUGCUGAUGUCCUAUCCUGGCAAUGACACUGUGGUCAUCGUUGCCCGCUUCCUCUUCGGUGUCUCUAUUGUGACCGUCUACCCCAUUGCUCUCCUCCUGGGCAGGUCAGUGAUACAGGACUUCUGGCUGAGCUGCUCCAAUGUCUGGGGCUGUGGAGGGUGUGCAGACCCUUCGGGGACCUGGAUCCGGGUGCUGCUGACAGGCCUGUGGGUAGCCACGACGCUUCUGUUGGCUCUGUUUGUCCCAGACAUCGGGGAGGUCAUUGUGGUCAUUGGCGGCAUCAGUGCUUUCUUCAUCUUCAUCUUCCCAGGGCUGUGUCUCAUUUGUGCGGUGGAUGCAGAGAACCUAAGGCCAAGAAUGAGGUCCUGCUUGACCGUCUGGGGUGGGGUCUCCAUUUUGACUGGAACCUUUAUCUUUGGGCAGAGCACCAGUUCAGCCAUUUUGGAUCUAUUCUGAGGGUCUGUUCUAAAUCAGAUUUGAGUCUCUGGCUGGAUGUGAAUGUGGGGGUCAGGAAGAUG